AUGAAAUGUAGUAAAAUGUUGGAACAUAAUAAAAAGGAGAGAAAAAAUAAACAUGUUGAAGAAAAUGAGAUGGUGGAAUAUAAUAAGGGUAACAUAAGAAUGUAUGCAGAGAAGGAUAUUAAUUAUAUUUGCAGUAUAAUAAAAAAAUAUAAUAUCGGUAAAAAUUUUGUUGGUUUUGGUGGGGCCUUUACAAGGUUUGCUAAUGAAUCCAUCGCUUUUCAUAAUAAAACAUUUAAUCCACAACUCGGGAUUCAUAUGAAUGUUUGUUUAUUUAAUAAUGAACUGUUUCAAAAUUAUUAUAUAAAAUUAAUUCAUUUUUCAAGAUGGCAUAUUCUUGUAUAUUUAUCAAAUAAAAAAUUAUAUGUUUAUAAACAUAGCAGAUAUAUUUGGCAUGUAGAACAUUUUAAUGAAUGGAAACAACUUAAUGUUCCUACAAAAAAUGAAAUUAUUAAUAUACAAAUUGUCUCAUGUAAUUAUCAAGGAGAUCUUUAUUUUGAUAAUAUUACAAACGACAACAAAAAUUUUGAUAUUUAUGAACAAAAAGAAAAUGAUGAUUAUUAUGAUCAUUUUUAUUAUAAUUAUAUAAAUAAUAUUUCUAAUAAUAAUAAUAAUAAUAAUAAUAAUAAUAAUAUGUCUUGUAAUAUACAAAAUAAUCAAUACGAUCCUAUAAAUUUAUUCUCUGUUUACUUAAUAGAUAAUAAAAAUAAUUUAUAUGUAGGCAUUAAUACAAAUGUAGACUCACAAAAUAUAAUCAUCACAAAAUUGAAAAUUAUUAUUCCACAGUAUUUAAAAGAAAAAAAUUUUAAAAUAAACUCUUUAUUAGCUAGCUUACCAGAAAUAAACGAACAACAAUUAAAACAUAAAAAUAUACAUUUAAAUUUUUCAACUAUUAUAGAAUUAUCAUACAAUUGUUUAAUCAAAAAAUCAAACACAAAAUUGUGUAAUUCUUAUACUCAUCAAUAUAAUUCAAAACGUUUUGAUGAACUAGCCAAUAAUUCCUCUCGAGAAAAUUAUGAACGUGUUCAGGUAAAAAAAAAUAAAAUAAAAAAAAAAGAAAAAAGAAAAAUAUCAAGCAUAAUUGAUAACAACAACAAUAAUAAUAAGAAGAAGAACAAUAAUAACAACAAUAAUAAGAAGAAGAAGAACAAUAAUAACAACAAUAAUAAUAAGAAGAAGAACAAUAAUAAGAACAACAAUAAUAAUAAUAAUAAUAAUAAUAUUAAUAAACAUAUGUUUAUUCCUGAACACAAUUAUCACGAUGACACACAAUCAAGUGUUUACAAUAAUACUUGUAUAUUUAAUAAAAAUAAUCCUUUUCCUUUCAUAGAUAGUUAUAAUGAUACACCUCAAGACUUCACAAAAAUAACAAAUAAACCAUCAAAUAAUAUUAUUGAUAAUAUUAACGCAAAAAGAUUUGAAUCCAUGUACUGUAAAAAAAAAAUUAUUAGUAAUUAUAUUACGUCGAGUGAUGAACGUUUUACUAAAAACAAUUGUUCAUAUAACAAAAUAAAAGAAACAUACAAAUAUUCUUAUUUUAAAAAUGAAGAAAAUAAAAAUAUUCAAAGAAAUAGUCAAUGCAUAGAAAAUGAUAAUUCUAUUGAAGAGGACACUUAUGAGAAUAAUCAAAUUAUAAAUAAAAAAAUAUAUUUCGUAUUUAUUAAAAUAUCAAAUGAUAAAAAAUUUAGAAUAAAAUUAAUAAAUUCAAAACCUCAAAAAUUAAUUAGUGGUACAUCCUGUAAUCAUGGAUGUAUUUUAUUUGAAAAUAAGGAAAUUUAUUUUUGGCUAUAUCAUGAAAAAGAGGACAAAUUAGGUGAAGAAAAUAAAAAUGAUAAAUUAAGAUAUAUGGAUGAAUAUAAUAAAUCAUAUAAUAAUAACAAAAAUGAUAAUUCUUAUAUAUCCCUUGAAAAGUUAAAAUCACCCAAGGUUAAUAUAAUAGAUGUAUGUUAUUGUAAUAAUACAUAUAUUAUGUUAUCAGAAGAUAAUAAUUUAUAUAUUUUAAAAUAUCCAUUUUUACGUAAUCUAAGAGCUGUCGAUUUUUUUUUCUAUAUUAAUAAUUAUUUAUAUAAAAAUAUACAUUUUGAAAAUUCUAAAAAUUUUUUAACUCUUCAAAAAUUGAGGAAUGAUAAAUUAAUUGAAAUGUAUAUAACAGAUUAUAUAUUGAUAACUGUACAUAGUACCAAGGAUAUAUAUUUUACUCCGUUUUUAUUUCAAAAUAUUUAUAUUUACAGAGACGCACAAUAUUUUGAUGUCUUAUCUACCAAAUAUGAAUAUCAAAUUAAAAACUUAUUGAAACAACUCGGUGAGUUUAUCAAAGGUGGAAUAGAAAACUCAUAUACGGUCGAUGAAAAAAAAAAGUUUCCUAACUUAAUAAAAUAUGAAAUGAUUAAUUUUAGUUUUAAAGAAAAAAAUUCCUUUACUCUAUAUAUAACUUCAAAUUCAUUAAUUGUUUGUAUCUACAAUGUAAUUGAGUAUUAUGGUAUGUUGGAUAAUAAUAUUUCUAAUUUUUUGCGUCACUAUUAUAUUGUCUAG